GUUACAUUUGAGCAAUAUGGCUACAAACGUGAGUAGAAACAGUAGGGUCGUUUUGGUGUGUUUGUGAGCUCCAGCAGAGCCUCUAUAUGUCCGGAUAAUCCUGUCUGAACGGACUUCUGUGCCGCUCAUCUUUUUCUGAAUGUUUACCUCUCACUCAUCUCCCGGGAGCCACGGAGCUGUUGAAGUUAGCUUAGCACGCUAGUAGCUUAGCAUCGGUGCAAACAAAGCGCUAGACUAAAGAUAGUUUUGCGUGUUGAAAAGGUUUCUGUGAUAGUGUGAAGAUGUCUAAAGUCCGGAUGCUGAGAGCGAUGGUGAAGCAGCGACUAACCGCGGCUGCUGAAGAGAUAUUAGGGCUGUUUGAAGCAACGAUAGCAGAGUACGAGGAGGAACUCUGUCGUUCAAGAGAGGAGAACGAGAGACAACGGGAGCGAAUGGACGCCGUUUUCAACCCUCAGCUUCGGUUACACAGAGCAGACCUCCAGCAGGUGUCGGUGGUUAAAGACUCCGUUCCCCCUGAGCAGCAGGAGAGGAGCUCCAGUCUGGACCAGGAGGAGCCAGAGCCCCCCCCACACAUUAAAGAGGAUCAGGAGCAACUGUGCAGCAGUCAGGAGGGAGAGCAGCUUCAUGGGCUGGAGGAGGCUGAUAUCAAGUUCCUGAUCACUCCUGUCCCCGUGAAGAGUGAAGAAGAUGAUGGAGAGGAAGCUCAGUCCUCACAGCUUCAUCAAAGACAAAGUGAACACAUGGAAACAGAAGCUGGUGGAGAGGACUGUGGAGGAGCAGAACCAGACAGGAACUCCCAUCCACAUCCACAUCCAGAACCAGAUACUGAGAAAAUGGCAAAGAGAAACACGCCGGCCAAAAGAAGGGCACAGAAGCGCCUCAACUCCUUUAAGCAGAGGAGUGCCGAGUGGGCCAAGGGGAUGAGGCGCAACAGGAAUGUAAGCCAUUUUUUAGACGACAUUGAGGUCACAAUGGAGAAAAUGAAGGCCCUUGGGCUCAGACCCCUUCUAUUUUAUGGGGUGUACGAUGAAAAAAGGUCAAGAUACGACACGAAGGUCAUCUGCCCUUAUAGCAUGUCAAAUGAGACAGAAGUGAUGCUGAAAAAAAUGAAUAUGCUGUACAGUGUUCUUUUACAAGCAUGGACUCCAGAGGAUGAGGGCAGGAGGCGGAAAGAGAAGAGGAAGGGGAAGAAAGGAAACCGGAGGCCUGUGUCAGGAGUGGAGGGGGCUGCAGCAGCAGCACCUCUGAGUGGAGAGGAGGGGGCUGUAGCUCCUGACAGUGGCGCCGAGGAGGCUGUAGCGCCUGGGGGAGGAGACCGUGAGCCUCCGGUUUCAGUGAUCCAGCAAUUUAAAAAACUGUUCAAAGCCAAAAAAACAGCGGGUGGAGAGGCUGCUGUGGUUGACAGAGGAGAGGAGUCUUCAUGUCCAGUGGUCCAGCAGCUUAAAAUCCAGGUGAAGAAGAAGAGACAAACCUCCAGAGAGUGCGGCCUACAUCCCUAUGCCGAUGCUUUCGAGGCAUGGAAAUUGGGACAAACAAAACAAAAACAGGGAGUGGAUUAUGUCUACGUUUUUUGGAAGUCCUGUGAGGGAUGUGGAGAGACCUGGAGGCCCUCCUGGGAGCCUGCUAUGAACAUAGAAUUUGGCACUUAGUUCAACACACACAUACACAUACACACACACACACACGCAUGCACACACAGUUAAAAGUUUUUUAAUAAAA